AUGAUUGUUAAGCAGCUUAGAAUUUUUGCCAUCGUGAUAGACGAUGAGUUUGCGGAAUUGAUUAAAAACGCUGCAACAGCAGCGGCGCUGUGUAGGCAACAUCCGCUACAUUUCGGGCAACAGAUGAACCAAAAUCUGACGUACACUACGUACACGACAGAUCCUCGAACCCCUCAGGGGCAACAGGGAAUGUCCUUCCAUCCGUCUUCAUACCAGUCUUCAACAUAUACCACAUCUUCAACGGCACCAUUUCAUUCUUCUAGCUCAACUGCUUUCAUUCCCAACAACACGAUCACGCUGCAACAGUCUCCACUGACUAGUCGUGGUGGUCAAGUUGGACAGACUCAGAUGCGUUUGACGAGCGAUAAUGAUGAGAAAAGAAUCUCUCAACUUCUCGAUACGUACUUUAUUGAACAACCUGCCCCGUCGACCUCGACAUGGGCAACACCAAAUCAUCAGACAGUACAGGUGCAAUCAACCCAGUCUUUACAGGGCGUGCAAACGCUGCAGGUAGCUCAACUUCCACCACAAAUUUCUUAUACGGGCGGUACACUAGUUACAACUAAUGUAAAAGGAGUAGGAGUCAACAUGAACCUGAAAGUAGCACCUGUCUCUCCAGACAAGGCGGAAAAGGAGCGCCUCAAGAAGGCACGUCAGGCCGAAGCAGCUCGAAUGAGAUAUCAUCGUUUGACGCCAGCGGAGAAGCGCGAGCUGAAUCUGAAAAGAACAUUGGCGCAGAAACGGAAGAGACAGCGAGAAAAAGAGCUGGAAGAGUUGGAGUCAAUACUUAGGGAAACUAAUGACAUUCAGGAAGAUCCUGACAUUACCGAACAGCUACGAGAGAAAAGAAUGCGGGCUAAAUGGGCAGAAGCUGCUCGACAAAGGUAUGCAAGAAUGACGCCAGAAGAGCGUCGUGCUCACAACAACCGACGUCGUAUGCGUCAAAUGCAGAAUGCGUUAGCAGCUGUGAAGGCUGCUGGAGGAACUGGAGAUCCGAUAAAAGAUGAGGAAGCAGUGCGAGCUCAUAUAAAGGCUCAAAAUGCGAAGAAAGCAGAGGCUGCUCGUCAAAGGUACCAUCGUAUGACAGAAGAGGAAAAACGUAUCUACAACCAGCGACGUACAGAGGCUUUUAGACGCCGUAGGAUGGAAGAAGAAAUGCUUCUAGCAAUGCCAAUAGGUAGAAUUAAUGGUGAAGCUCUUGACAGGGCCCAGCAAAUCGUAGUGCGUAACGCAAAGCGAGCAGAGGCGGCACGAUUGCGAUACCAACGAAUGACGCCCGACCAAAGAAAGUCAUACAACCAAAAGAGAUACACGCCGAAACGUAAGCGCCUUGAAGGUAUGGACUCUAUGAUGUCUUCCAGUGGCGGAUCGUUAGCAUCAUGUAAAAAGGAAGAAGAUGCUUUGUCUGCUAUUGAACGAGAUGUGCUGAAGAAGACGCAACAAGCGCAGCAGGCGAUAAUGAGGCAGCAACGUCAGUCUGUACAAGUGCUCUCUCAACCAGUGACUUCGACUCCAAAUCAGCAAGGAGUUCAAAGCGGAACCUAUAUCAUACAACAAGGAGCUUCCACUCCCGUCACUCAUAUCGGGCAGACUCAAGUGCAACAAAUCCAGCUGACUCCUUCAAAUGGCGUGACGCAUCAGCAAGUGGUACAUACCGUUCAUCAAGUACCUGUACAGACGGUACAAACCAUUCCUGGGCAACAGGGUGGUCAUGUGACCGUUGCUCAGCAGCAGAUGCCGUCGACGUCCGGUCAUCUCGUUGUGCAACAGCAUCAAGCCCCUACCACUUCUAAUGGUCAACAGUUGGUACACCAGCAGACAGCAAAUAAUUAA